UGAAGUCAUCCCACUUGGUGUAAUAAUGGGUGAUUGGACCAUCUUCAUUCUGAGCUUCGUAGAAGUUCGAAGUCCCAUAUCGAUUCGCGGGCAAAGAUGCGAUAUGAACAAGGGUCUUGAGUAUAUAUCAACAACAACACAGCAUCCAGCGUCUCACAGAUGAUGUGUCAGGCAAACCGAGAUGAGGUGCGUGGAAGUUUAGUACAGCAAGUUUACCGCCGAGAAGCUCCGUUCUGUGUAUUUACCCGCGUAAUUUUACGCGGUGACAAACAAGGCAAUAAUAAUUUUGGCAAACCAACAUCCAACCGACGACUCCUAACAACGCCCAACAAACAUCUCUUCUUCACUCCAUCGCCACGAUCCCCUCUACCAUCAAGCCUAGGCUCAGAGUCAGUGACUUCGUAAUUAGGAUAAAGUGCUCAAGCUUCUGGGAAUACGACCUGCACUCGUUCUCCCCCUGCUCACAAUUUGGGCUUGUCUUUACCCGUCACGUUUGGCCCAUACCUGACUGAACCUGAUCGAUUGUCACCUUUGCUCUCUAACCGACCCGAUCGACCUGAGCUAUCUACUCAACGCAUCAGAUUCUUGCUUCUUAAGUCAGUAUCUUAUCCAGAGACCACUAACAGCAGGUCCGCAAAUCAAGGAUACAAGCCCCUAAAUAGACCCCCCUCCUCAGUCAACCUUGUGGCGACGCAAGGCCGGUCAAGCAACACUUCUAGCGGAGCUUCUCGACCUCUACCACCACCAGGCUCCUGGUAGUGCGCAACCUCCCAUGGUGGACUACAGAGCUAUAUUCUAAUAUGGGGAGAAUAAAGAAGGUGGCGGGCCUUAAACAUGAGGCUACAAUCUCUCCCGCCUUAGCUACCUUCGUUCAACAAACCACUAGCGUUGACAUUCCGGAACUUCCUUCACAUCUCUUGACCUUCCCUCGCCGAUGGCCGUUCCCCCGAGGCGAUCUCUAUCAUUGGAUUGUAGUGCUGAACCGGUUUGAUGCGAUCCUUCAACAAGUGGUGGAAAAGUAUGACCUCCAUUUAGGCCCACAGACGAAGCCUUUUGGCCGCUUGGUUCUUCACGAUGCAUGCGUCUCCGCCGGUAUUGCAGCAACGACCCAAGAGUCUGAAGCACAUCUGGACAAGCUUGGCUUUGGGCCUGAAGGAGAUCGAGAGUUAGUCGAGGCUCUCCUAUCGUUCUCAAGACUGCUGCUGGAGAAAUGCGGCAAUCGGAGCCUAUACAGCAGCAGCGAUCGCUUGAAUGACUUCUUGAAUACCACGUCACUUUCCCUUCUUCAGAGUACGCUCCGUCUUGGUGUCAGCUUGGCCCAGCGAUACUUUUCCAGACAACGACAAUCGAAUAGUACUCAUUUCCAUCAGAGCUUACUUGCCACACACUACAAUAUUGAAUUGGAGCGUGUUCAGAAGCUUGCUGCGCCGUUUCCCAAACCUGCCCCUGCUAAGCCAACUGAUAGUUCAUCUAUUAUUAGCCUUAAGGGAAAAGAAAAGGCCACCCAGGUGCAGGUUGGCCGUCGGAGUUCCGUCACCAAAUGCAAUGCGAAUGAUCUAAUUGCCCUUACUAAGGAGCCGUCUGAUGCCUCGGAGCCCAAUGGGAUCCCUGCUCUGGCCUGGGAGGAAUGGGCUAGUAUUAGCAUGUCGUAUUACACGCCCUUUUCGGACACUGCUGAAGUUACCACUUUGGCAGGAGCCGGGAGCACCCCGAAUCCCCAGCAUGCCCCCGCGACCCCGACUCCUUUGCGUAGAGCUUCUACUCACCCCAGCUCAAGAUUGAGUAGAAGUUCAGCAACGGAUGAUUCACCAACCGCUCCACUAACCAGCUCUCCAAUCUAUAAAUACGAGGAAACAAAUAGAGGAAUUAAAAAUCUAGAGAUCCCAAGCUCGACGAUAGUAACCACGAGUAUUGAGGAAGUUUUGCAAACGCAUCUGGAGGAACUUCCAAACGACGCCUCGAAGUAUGAGUUGCUACAACGACUUCGUGUUGCAUAUGCUCUUGCAACUUCCGCAGAGACCAGGCGUCAGAUUCUUGCCAUUAGAGUCCUUGCAGUCACAAACUUGGCAUACAUUUAUCCGGAAACUCUCUUCCAGCAAAAGGUCCUUAAUCAUGAUUCUGAUAUUCCGAAGCGGCUGCAACUUGCCUAUCAGCUUGCCGAGUUUGUGCACCUCGGUGUCGCAGGUGAUAUUACCGCUUCAACGCUUAAUCAGACCUUCGCGCUCAACUGUCUCGACGCUCUGGCAAAACAUAAAUCCCGUUCUGCGGAUGUUUGCGCGGCCCUUAGCGUGAAUGUUAACCACGGAAUUCUCAUGUUUCUCACGCGCAAGGCUGUUGCAGACCUGGCCAUCGAGGAGAACGCGGACGACCCACCUGAAGCUGACGACUGGAGAGAGACUCUGUUUGCACUCCUUCGAACUCUUCCAAAUGCUGGCACGCGAACUCCGGAGACUCUCGUGGCGGCCGGAUUGAUUCCUCUGUUUGUCGACAUCUUGAACCUCCGGACGGAUAAAGCAAGAAAAAUAUAUCCCCGAGUGAUGGAAUUCUUGGAUACUUUUGUUCAUUCUGUUCGAGAUGCGUUGGCAACAUUGGCUGGAGCCAAGGGUUUCCAUGCGAUUUCAGAUCUAAUCUCUUUCGAGACAAAAACGUCGUUCGAUUCGGUGGCUAAGGAUGCGGGAAUUCCGGCACAUUUUAAGACGCCCUCCAUCGAUUACCAGAUUCCCUACUUCCAGCAGCAAUCCCUGAGGUGGUUAUUCAAGUUUGUCAACCAUGUAAUGCAACAUAAUAGUGGUGGAUUUGAGCGUCUACUUCGGAAUCUCAUCGAUUCGCCUCCACUUCUAACGGCUCUUCGUUUGGUCCUGGAAAACGCCCGUGUCUACGGGUCCCAUGUAUGGAGUGGCGCAGUGAACAUUAUGAGCCAUUUCAUACAUAACGAGCCAACCAGCUACGCUGUUAUUGCCGAAGCUGGGUUGAGCAAGAGCCUCCUCGAAGCAGUGACUGGCCGGCCCGUGCCGAGCGAUACAACAGAUGUCAACACUGCCGCUAGUGAUAUUGAGAACAGUGAUCAUGCCCCAGCCGAAACCCGACCCCUGUUUAUUCCAGCCCGUGCAGAAGCCGGCGAUCAUGAGACUCUCAAGUCUAAGAUUGUCAGGGCUCCGGAUCGCAAGCUUGCUGAAGCAAUUUUGCCUUCAACCGAAGCUAUCGUAUGUAUCCCCCAAGCAUUCGGGGCUAUCUGUCUGAACCAAGGAGGUCUAGAGUUAUUCCGAAAGUCAGAUGCCCUUGAAAGCUUCUUUGAUAUAUUCGAAAGUCCAGAGCACGUGAAAUGCAUGAAGAAUGAUUCGAAUCUUGUUCGUGUUUUGGGUGGCUCAUUCGACGAACUCGUUCGACAUCACCCCCCUUUGAAGUCUGCGGUUAUGAGUGCUGUUCUGCUCAUGGUUGCUCGCGUAGCCCAACAUUGCAAAUCCAAAGCAUCUGAACCUGGACUUGGUGCGAAGCUCUGGACUGAAGGAGAAGAUGGAAAGCUUUCCAUAGCUGGGGGAGCUUCUUCAUUGCUUGGUGAUAUUGGCUCUGCUUUCACUUAUACUCUUGGUAAUCAGCAACCCCCUUCAGAGGCAGAGCCAGCGGGGCCAACAGAACCAGCAGAUUCUGAGAUGAGGAGUGUCACAACGACUCCCGGGGAUGGAAACGCGUUGACACCUGCGAAGAAGCCGGAAAAUGGCGAUUUCAAGGACCUUGAUGCGCAUGGGCUUUCUGUUCCCAACUACAUGUUCCCUGUUGUGAAAUUCCUAAAUGCUUUUUUCGAGAACCACACUAUCUGCGCCAGUUUUAUCGAGGCAGGAGGGGUGGAGUAUGUCCUUGAUUUUGCCACCCUUCAGAGCCUGCCAUUCGAUUUCCAUAACACGGAAGCGAGUCAGCAGCUAGCACAAGUAAUCCACUAUAUGGUUGAGGUGAAGCCUCACCUUGUGCUUCCUUCGCUUCUGAAACGGACCCAGGAUGCAGUUGAUCGUUUAGCUCCGUUUUGGCGACAGUCUAGUCAAACAGGAUUUUUUGCUCCUUUGACAAACCCAUCGAAGCAAACCGAGGAUACUGCCGAAACUCCAGGAUCCGAAGAUGUGAAGGCUAAGGGGGCCUAUUACACAAAACAUCUCGUCGCAGUCCAUACUCUUACAGAUAUCCUCCGCGAAGCAUAUACACCGCCGAUCUACCCAACCCGUCCUAGCCAGCAGACAUCUCCGUUUGUCCAGGUAAAUUUAGCUGAUAAAUAUGUUGCUCUUGUCAAGCGACUUGGGUCCUUGCAUUCGGCUUGUGUCUGGGAAGAAAUCUUGCUGCAGAAGGAUAUGCCAGAAUCUUGGAAUGAAGCCACUAGAGUUCCUGGAUAUGGGUUUGAUGGAGAGGAAGAAAUUGAACCGCUAAGUACUUUACCCGUAGAUGAUGUAUCAGAGCCUGGGGAUGUGGCCACUGAAGAUGCAACUGGAACAACUGUUGCUGGAACGGACCCUGCCCAUGGACUUCCCAACGGCGAGACCACACGUCGAAGCGCGGUUACUCAAACCUCUGUUAGCUCAGAGAGGGGUGCGACAUUUAGGAAUGUGAAAACUCUCCGUUACCUGCUCAGUUCUCUACCAUCCUCUAUAACUGGUUUCUUCCAACUUUUGGGUCAUGGUCUCAUCAGCAAACGGCGAAUGGAUAACUAUCAACGGCAAAAGGCCGGCAACGUUGCUGAUGCGAUUGCUUCGAUGAUUCUGGAGCAAUUGAACCUUGACGCGCCUAAGAAAACAACCUGUGUAAAAGACCGGUUUUCGUAUCUCAUAGUCAUAUUGUCGUCGUUCUCUCAGUUACUAUUUGAUACUACCGCUGAGCGUCCACAUUCUCAUUGCCUGACGAUCAUUCUAUCGGCUUUCAAGAAGCUAAAUGGGAUCCAGACAAUGAAAGGUUUGUGUGGUUUAUUCCUGAAUGAGAUUAAGAACCUUGGCCCUCAAGCUGGGCAGGAUAGUACUUCAAAAGAUGUUCCUGCACGUCUGGCAUCUGCUUAUGGAGGGAUUAAGAUUAUUCUUAAUUUCUUUUCCGAGAUGACAUCUGCUCAAUAUAUUAUCGACUCUACCCAGACUCAGGCAAUGGCCAGCACCGGCGGGGACCGUGACCGUCCUGACUAUUUUCUUCCAGCGCAAUUCUUGGUUGAACUUCGAAUGGAGGUCAUACCAAUGGUGCAAGAAAUGUGGAGUUCCGGGUUUGUGGAAGAAGCGUCGAGCUCUAUUCUGAAAUCUCUGAUUGACAUUCUCCGCUCUGUCCUUGAAGGAGAAUAUGAAACGGGAGCCUUCCGUCGUGGUGAAAGCCUUCCUGCCGUUUCAGCGGCGACUCCAAGAACCUUCACGUGCCAUAGGGAGCGUCUGUCCACACUAAAAGAAAAUGGUCAUGACGAAAAUCUUGCCCGAGAGGCCCUCUACCGCUGUAAUAACAGCGCGCCCGCUGCCGAAGAGUACUGUGCCAGCCAGAAGGGUCUCCGCCCACCACCUAGGAGCCCAGUCCCUUCUCAUGAACUAGAGCAAGCGACAAGUAGUAGUCCCUCGCUCCGUGACAGCAUCUUUACCAACCUUAGCACCUCGCAACCGCCAUCAGACGGCACUCAGAUUUUGUCUGCAACCCCAUUCGAUAUCGCCUCAUUGUUUCCCCACCUUACCCAACCAAGUCCAAACGUCGAGGAACGUGGAACAAACCAAGCAGAGAGUGCAGCAACUCAAGCUGCCCAGAGUGAGGAUACAACGAGUACUGGUGGGCUGCUCGCAAUGAGCAUUGAUAAUAUUCUUAACGAUCAGGGAGGAUCCCCGGCUGAAGAGAGGAGCAUGUCUGCUCAGCGCGCGGAGACCGCUCCUCAACCUCCACCAACUAGCCAACCGGCUCCUUCUCCAAAGCGGCGGGAGGUAGUAACUGUUGAAGACCUGGACAGUGAACGUGAUAACGUCCGAACCAACCUCAUUGAACGAUGUCUCGAUGUAUUGAAUGGUCAUCACGACAUAACUUUUGAGCUCGCCGAUCUUAUUGGGUCUGCAACCGCCAGGCUCCCUGACCCGGUCAAUUUUCGUCGGGAGGUUGGUGAAACGUUGAUGCAUUUCCUGAUAUCUCUCCAGAUGGAAGAAAAUUUCCAAUCAUCAGGAAAGAAAAUAGCGGCGUACGCUGGCUUGUUAGCCUUGGUACUGCAAGAUAAGGAUGUGUAUGAAGCCACUCUUGAAGAGUUGAAGGAAAAUUUCUCGAACCUGCUUGGCUUUAUCCAAAUCCCAUCCUCUUCCGCUGAAAAGCCUACUGAUGAAUCAUGUCCGUGGAUUCCGCAAGUUUUGCUCAUUCUUGAAAGAGUCCUUUCCGAUGACGUAACGCCACCUUUAAUUCGGUGGAACCCACCAAGUCCCGAUGGGUCUGCCGGACCAGAAGAGCUAGCACAGCUUGAGGAACCAGUUAUUCCGUUUUCUGACAAGAUGGAGCUUUUCGAAACAAUGGUUGAUAUUCUCCCUCGAAUUGGCAAGGACGAAACACUCGCGCUGUCUGUUUCUCGCAUGCUCGUCAUCUUGACCCGUGAAAGGGAUAUUGCCGUACGGCUAGGAGAAAAGCGCAACCUUCAACGCCUGUUUGUCAUGAUCAAGCAAUUAGCUAGUGGUUCAGAUGACAGACUUCAGAAUACAUUUAUGCUGAUCUUGAGACAUAUAAUUGAAGAUAACGAUACCGUUCGUCAAAUAAUGAGAAGUGAAAUUGUUGCUGGUUUCGAAAGUCGAUCACCACGUCAGACGGACACCACAGGAUAUGUGCGCCAAUUCGCCCAUCUUAUAUUGAGGAACCCGAUACUAUUUGUGGAGGUUACGAAUGAGAAAUUAAAACUACAGCGGUACGACUCACACCAACGACCACAACUCCUGGUCCUGAAAUCCGAAGCAAAUGAUGCGGCUUCUCGGCGAGAUCAGGGCCAUUCUAGCCAGGAGGACAAUGAAGGUUCUAAGAAGCCAGAGUCUGCCGGACCUCAUACUGAACCUCAAGAUGGGCAGCCAGCUGAAGGCAAGGAAGCUAGGGAGGACAAGGAGGGUAAGGAAGGUAAAGAUGGCAAGGAGAAGUGUAAAUCAACUGAGCUCAAGGCGCCCGUUGUUGAAAAUCCUGAUGGGGUGAUCCACUACCUGCUCUCCGAAUUACUCUCUUAUCGCGAUGUCGACGACAAGGAACCACCCGCAGAAUCUACAGAGAAAUCACUACCCCGCACAGAGUCUCAAAGCGAUGUAGAAAUGGCAAGUGGACCAGCGUCGCCAACUUCAUCUACUUCGGGGACACAGACUAGCAAGACUCCCAAGAAGACUGAAAAGCCUCAAUUUAAGGCAGACGAGCAUCCAAUCUACAUUUACCGCUGUUUCCUAUUACAGUGUCUAACUGAGCUUUUGUCCUCAUAUAACCGAACAAAAGUGGAGUUCAUCAAUUUUUCGCGCAAAGCUGACCCCUUCGCCACGACCCCUUCGAAGCCACGCUCCGGUGUUUUGAACUAUUUACUGAACUCGCUAGUUCCUAUCGGGACACUGGAUCAUGGAGAAUCUAUCCCGUUCAAAAAGCGGGUCAAUACGUCUAAUUGGGCGAUGCGGGUGAUAGUUGCCCUCUGCACCAAGACGGGAGAGUUUGGCGGGCCAUCCAGACGUCGCACUGUUGUAAAUGACGACAACGAACCUGAGCUCCUAUUUGUCCGCAAGUUUGUCCUCGAGCAUGCCCUGAAAUCCUACAAAGAUGCCAAUGCUUCGACUGAACCUCUUGAUGCGAAAUAUGCCCGACUUCUUAGUUUAGCCGAUCUAUUUGAUAAGAUGCUCUCAGGGGGCACAAGUGGAGAUGGCACCACGCAUUUUCCUUCGUCUACUCGGCAGGUUGCGAAAACUAUGUUUGAAAAGAAUUUCAUUUCAGCCUUUACAGCGUCUAUAUCCGAUAUAGAUUUGAAUUUCCCUCCAGCAAAGAGGGCUGUUAAAUACAUUCUUCGACCGCUGAACAAACUAACACAAACUGCAGUCUUGUUGAGUGAAACAUCAAGCAUUCCAACCAUGCCAGGGCAAACCGAUGAAGAUGAUGAUAUAUCCUCGGCGACCUCUGUAUCGGAUAUGGAAGAUGAGCGGGAAGAAACCCCCGAUCUUUUCCGACAUUCUACGCUUGGCAUGUUCGAACCAAACCAUGAGGAGGGUACUACUAGCGAAGAGGACUCGGAGGACGAUGAAGAGAUGUACGAUGACGAGUAUGAUGAAGAAAUGGAUUAUGAAGAGGAUAUGCCGGAAAACGAUGGAGAGGUCGUUAGUGACGAAGAUGAAGAGGAUAUGGACGAGCGAGGGCCUAUUGAAGGUUUGCCUGGGGAUUCCGGUAUGGAUAUUGAAGUCCUCAUCGAAGGAGAUGACGAUGACGACGACGAUGAUGACGAUGACGAUGAUGACGACGACGAUGAGGACGAUGAAGAUGACGACGAGGACGAAGAAGGUUCGUCGGCCAUGGACGAUGACUUGAUCGCGGGUGAAAUCACUGGAGACAAUGACAACGACAGCCUCCAGGAUGGAGACGAAGGUGAAUGGGAAAGUGAAGAUAUCUCGGACAAUGAUGAGGAGGAAGACGGGGAGCAAAAUAGAAACCGCCUUGAUAUUCACCGUCUUGAAUUAGAUAUAGGAAUGGGAGAAGAACUUCAUGACGACCUGAUGGACGACGAAAUGCAGGAUGACCAAGACGAGGAUGACGAAAUUGAUGAGCUGGAAGGGUUGGACGAAGUGGACGACGAUGAAGACCUGAUCCAGACCUUCGAUUUCGAUCACGCAGGCCAAUUUAUGUUGCAUGACACUGAUGCAUCAAUGGAUCACCGCCACGCGCCUCAUGGUCGAUUCCGUGGAAUCCCUCCCCCUCCAUGGAGCAUGUUUUCUGGAGGCCUGGGAAAUCGUCACGGUAUCGUACCUAUCCAGGGUUAUAGAACCCAUCGGAAUCAAAUUCCCUCACGUGGAAAUGACGAUGGGAGCAAUCCACUGCUACGUCGUAACGACCGCCCUACGGACGUUGCGCCUGGAGCUAGAGGUCCUCCCGAAGCUUUGAGUGAUUGGGUCCAUGCAAUUGAUCCUAACCACCAAGGGCGUCUUCUCUCGAUGGAUAGCCCGGUUACAUUCAUGAACGCAAUUAUGCAAGCUCUCGGUCAAGGUGGCGGUGGUUUUGGUGUGGUUAGCCGACCAGAAGGAGUCCGUGUUCGUCUUGACCAGCGUCCUAUUUUCACCAGUCGUAUCCAGGAUUUGUUUGGCGUUAGUCGACCCCAAGCGACCACUAGACGUCCUCGUGACGAUCCUUAUCAAGCGGUCACAUUUGUCCUAUCGACAACCUCGACUCGUUGGCAAGAAGAAGCACGACUCUUGUUUAAUAAUUCGUACUUGGAGAAAGCCCAGCGGGUUGUAAAUUCCCUCCUUAAAGUUCUUGUUCCCCCGGCUAUUGAAGAAGAAAAAGUUAGACAAAAGCAAUUGGAGGAAGAGCUUAAGCGACGAGAGGAGGAGAGAAUCGAGCGAGAGCGUCAAGAACAACUCGCGAAGGAUGAAGCUGAGCGGGAGAGAAAACGGAAGGAGGAGGAAGAGGAAGCGUUAAGGCGUCAAGAAGAAGCUGAGAGAGCCGAGAGAGCCGCUGAAGAAAGUGCACAGCAAGCCGCUGAACAUCCUGAAGGAGAGCCUAUGGACGGUGUGCAGCCUACUGAACCAACACAAGAACAAGCCGCUGCUCCAGGCGAGGGCGAGGCUGCGGCGGCCGGCCCUUCCGAACCUGCGCCCCGGGUUCACACCACAAUCCGCGGUCGCCAACUUGACAUUACUGGAAUGGAUAUUGACCCAGAAUAUUUAGAAGCACUUCCUGAAGACAUCCGUGAAGAGGUCAUAAUGCAGCAACUCACUGAGCAAAGAUCACAGGCUGCUGCAUCCGGCGAAGAGCCAAGCGAGAUAAACCCGGAGUUUUUGGAAGCGUUACCCCCUGAUAUCCGUGAUGAAAUUCUGCAACAGGAGGUCGCUGAUCGUCGACGACGUGAGCGAGAGGCUGCCCGUCGAAAUGCAGCUGCAAGUGGUGGCGCAGCUGCUCCGGAUGAUAUGGAUCCUGCCAGCUUCAUUGCUACGUUGGAUCCUUCCCUAAGACAAACCGUACUCGCUGAUCAACCCGAAGAAAUUCUUGCAUCUCUUGGUCCUGAAUUUGUCUCGGAAGCGCGCGCUCUCACGGGGCGAAGACUUGCUCAGUUUGCCGAUAUAGGCAGGCUAGACCAGCGAUCGCGACCUGACGCUGCUCAACGUGACCAUGGAGCCAAAAAACCUCAACGCCGUCAAAUUGUCCAGAUGCUCGACAAGGCUGGCGUAGCUACCCUCCUCCGUCUCAUGUUCAUGCCUCUGCAGGGAAAUGCACGGCAUCAUAUCAAUGACAUCCUUCAUAACGUCUGCCAAAACCGCCAAAAUCGUUCUGAGGUGCUAAGUCUCCUGCUUCUGAUUCUCCAAGAUGGAAGCGCGGACGUUUCUGCUGUCGAGCGCAGUUUUGCUCAUUUGUCGCUGCGUGCUAAGACCCCAACAGCGGCGCAGCGGACCCCACAGUUGAAGCGAACGUUGUCAUUGCCAGUUCCUGGUGCCAAUAAUGACGUCACGCCUUUGGUUGUGAUUCAACAGUGCUUGGGAGCCCUAUCUUUCCUCACGCAAUACAAUCCCCAUAUCGCAUGGUUUUUCCUCACGGAGCACGACACAGCGGCGUCCCUCAAAAUGAAAGCGCUGAGGAAAGGAAAAGGCAAAGAAAAUAGAGCCUCUAAGUUCGCGCUCAACUCACUCCUGUCCCUGCUUGAUCGCAAGUCGAUCAUGGAUAGCCCAAGUUGCAUGGAACAGCUCUCAAGCCUUCUCAGUAGCAUCACUCAGCCAUUAACGCUCCUCCUACGAAAAGACAAGGAACGGCAUGAGAAAGAAACCAAGGAGAAAGAAGCCAAGGAGAAAGAGGCCAAGGAGAAAGAAGCGGAACGCACCGAAGCCACUGCUGAAAGUACACAAUCUGCGCAACCCACCGAGGCUCCUCCCCAGGAAACUGAGGGCACUCGUACUGCCGAUGAGACUGCUCCGCAUAGUGAUACAACGAUGGCUGAUGCUGGACCCACAGAGCAAGGUCAAGAUCGUGCUGAAGGUCAAGAAGAAGCGAGUGGGUCAUCUAUUGAAGAAAAGGCAGAACCUUCAAAACUGGCUGAGGAAGAGAAGCAGAAGAAGCCUCGUAUCCCUGAGCCUCCUGUGGUACCAGAACACAAUCUUCAAUUAGUUGUCCGCAUCCUUGCUGCCCGAGAAUGUAAUGGCAAAACUUUCCGAGAGACCCUUUCGACCAUCAACAAUCUCUCCGCUAUCCCUGGAGCCAAGGAAGUGUUUGGUAAAGAAUUGAUUGCCCAGACACAAGCUCUAAGUAAUUCAAUACUGGGUGAUCUUGGCGAACUUCUUCCCCAUAUUAACCAAGCGGAGACUGGUAUCGAGGUGCAGGGCAUGGCGCUUUCCAAAUUCUCUCCUGCUAGUUCGGAUCAAGCCAAAUUACUCCGGGCCUUGACUGCCCUUGAUUAUCUAUUUGACCCAAAUAGGCUUGACAAGGAGAAGUACAGCGAGCCCGAGUCGUCUAAUAAUGAGGAUGUUUUGAAGAUACUCUAUGAAGGUACCACAUUCGGACCUCUGUGGGCGAAGUUAAGUGAGUGUUUGCAUUCUAUUCGACAGAAAGAAAGCAUGCUCAAUGUGGCCACGAUACUUCUGCCACUCAUCGAAUCACUUAUGGUUGUAUGCAAGAACACCACGUUGAAAGAUGCUCCUCUCUCAAGACAUGGACGGGAAUAUUCCGUUUCUAGUCCCCCACCCGAGUCUGGAAUGGAAGCCUUAUUCUUCAACUUUACGGAAGAGCACCGCAAGAUUCUCAAUGAGCUUGUCCGUCAGAAUCCUAAGCUCAUGAGCGGCACGUUCUCUCUUCUCGUCAAGAACCCUAAGGUAUUGGAGUUUGAUAAUAAGCGCAACUACUUCACACGUCGGAUACAUUCGCGUGGCAGUGAAAUCAGACAUCCCCAUCCUCCUUUGCAACUCUCUGUUCGCCGAGACCAAGUUUUUCUGGAUUCCUUCAAAUCUCUCUACUUCAAGACUGCCAACGAAAUGAAAUACGGCAAAUUGAAUAUUAGGUUCCAUGGCGAAGAAGGUGUUGAUGCCGGCGGGGUCACUCGUGAAUGGUUUCAGGUUCUAGCACGUGGCAUGUUCAACCCCAACUAUGCCCUAUUCAUCCCUGUGGCUUCUGAUCGCACAACAUUCCAUCCAAAUCGCCUCAGUGGAGUGAAUCAGGAACAUUUGAUGUUCUUCAAAUUCAUCGGAAGAAUCAUCGGCAAAGCUCUAUACGAAGGACGUGUGCUUGAUUGCCAUUUUAGUCGAGCCGUCUACAAGCGUAUCCUCGGCAAGUCUGUUUCUAUCAAAGAUAUGGAAACACUCGACCUCGAUUAUUACAAGUCUUUGCUGUGGAUGUUGGAGAAUGACAUUACUGACAUUCUUACUGAAAACUUCUCCGUCGAGUCUGAUGAUUUUGGCGAGAAGCAGACAAUUGAUUUGGUUGAGAAUGGUCGCAAUAUCCCAGUCACACAGGAGAAUAAGGAAGAAUAUGUACAACGCGUGGUUGAAUAUCGCCUUGUUGGCUCUGUCAAGGACCAGCUGGACAACUUCUUGAAAGGAUUCCACGACAUUAUCCCUGCCGAUCUUAUUGCUAUAUUCAACGAACAAGAACUAGAGCUCUUGAUUUCCGGGCUUCCCGAAAUUGACGUAGAUGACUGGAAGAAUAAUUCUGAAUAUCAUAAUUACUCCGCAUCCUCACCUCAGAUCCAAUGGUUCUGGCGUGCAGUACGAUCAUUUGACAAGGAAGAACGUGCGAAACUUCUUCAAUUCGUCACUGGUACUAGUAAAGUCCCGCUCAAUGGCUUCAAAGAGCUUGAGGGUAUGAAUGGCUUCAGCAAAUUCAACAUUCACCGAGACUAUGGGAAUAAGGACAGGCUGCCUAGUUCCCAUACAUGCUUUAACCAGCUCGACUUGCCUGAGUAUGACAGCUAUGAAACCCUACGGCAGCGGCUUUACACAGCAAUGACUGCAGGCAGUGAAUAUUUUGGUUUCGCGUAGAGGGAGCAAAAUUGUGUACUUGUCGUGAAUUUUUGUGUUUUCUGUUGUUAUUUAUUUCCCUUCUGAUUUUUUUUUUUUUUUUUUCCCAGCCUCUUUCUUUCCAAAAUCCCCUAACCACAGAUAUAUCUUUGUCAUUUCCAUUUUAUGACCUAUGCACUAUGCAUUUGUUUAUUCAAAGCAUCUGGCGGCGCGCUCACCUUGAUAUUUUGUUUUGUCACUUUUGUUUUGUUCACUUUCUGUGUUUUUUUACCCUGAUUCCAAACUGUACACUCGAACGGCACGGGUAUUCGAUUUGUUCUAUAUCGGAGGGGAAUGGACGGGAUAGGGGAGACUGUACUUCCAGUUUUUCUUUUCUUUAUACUCCAGGUAACGGGGACCACGUUUCACUUUUCUCUGUCAAGAUUGAGCAGGGAUGCAGUCUAGCAACGGAGGAGAGGAGGUCGCCAGCCGGAGUGCAGGCCAGCUGCCGUGUCUACUUUCGCUCAUUGCUGUUGAUAGCCACCGCUCAAUCUAUCCCCUUGACAUCCAUGUAUCUAGCUUAGCACUCUUAGAAUUAAAAGUAGAGAUCUCUUCCAUG